AUGGCUGCCUCACCUAGAUCCUUCAUGGGUCUUCUGGCUAUCUACAUUUUGACUUUCCUGACCGGCCUGCCUGCUAACUUGCUGGCCUUCUACGCCUUUUUAGUCAAGGUCCGCAGGAAGCCAACACCAGUGGACAUCUUUCUCCUCAACCUGACCAUCUCAGAUCUUCUCCUGUUGUCCUUCCUUCCUCUGAAGAUGAUAGAGGCUGCAUCUGGCAUGAUCUGGAAUAUGGCGGAGGGACUUUGCGCAUCGACAGGGUUCUUCUAUUACAGCAGCAUCUACAUCAGUACCCUGUUCCUCACGGCUGUCAGCUUAGAGCGCUACCUGGGCGUGGCCUUUCCUAUUAAGUAUAAGAUCCACCGCAAGCCUAAGUACGCCGUAUUUCUAAGCAUAAUCUUCUGGCUGGUAGCGUGCGCCAAUUGCAGCAUCGUAUACGUCAUCCAGUACAAAGUGCCCAACAACAGCACCAAGCAGAACAAGUGCUAUGACGACUUCUCCGAAUUGCAGCUGUACUAUCUGCUCCCUGUGCGAUUGGAGUUAGGGGUGGUCCUUUUCUUCAUUCCAUCCAUUAUAACGCUUUUCUGCUACAUAAACUUCAUACGGAUUCUGAUGUCUCUGCCAAACAUCCAAAAGAGACGGAAACACAGAGCCAUUGGUUUGGCCAUCGCCACGCUUGCCAACUUUUGCAUCUGCUUUGUGCCCUACAACAUAUCCCAUAUUGUUGGAUUUAUACAAAAGAAGAGUCCGGACUGGAGAGUGUACGCCCUGCUAUUUAGCACUUUCAACGCAACUUUGGACCCGGUCAUCUUCUAUUUCACCUCGACGGCAGUGCAGAACACGUUCUUUGACUUUUUGUCGGCCAUCUUAGUAAAGCUGAGGAAGGUUUGCCCAGGUAAGACGUUUUGCCCCCCUCCGUCUCAUCCUUCAUUUAAUAACAGCAAUCGAGAUGGGUCCUCCACUUUGCAGUCGCUAUAACAUC